AUGUCACAGAAAUUACAAGGUUUUAUAAGCGGUUUUCUUUGGGGUUUGUACAUAUCAUUUGUGUGUUUUCUGUACUUUUUUGUAUCUGGACCAGUGAAUAAGAAUCUUCCUGUACGUAGCGGUGUUAUUCUGAACAUAUCUGAAGAAUUUAAGGAACAGGAAACUCCAAAAAAUAAAAUAUAUAAGGGCUGGAUGAAUGAACUUCGAGAGAAAUACGAUUCAUCGACUUAUCAUGUUAAUAAGGCCCAAACAGUUCUUGUACGCCUUGAUGGUAAUUUACUGCUCAUUUCGCGCCCAGAACGAGCCGUUCUCAAACAUGCAUUUCACAUUGAUCCAACAUUAACAGAAGCAGAACCAGUAGUUUCGAGUCAAAGCAUAUACAAUUUAAUAGGAGCUACGAUCACGCUACGACCCAAACGUUUGGCAAAAAGGCGUUGGUGGAGUCGUAAAUAUCCAAUACAUAUUCAGUUAGCUUCUAGAGAUAGUGAAAUAUCGACAUUUCCAUCACUUCGAAGAUCAUUUUCUGCGAAUGAAACAAUUGAAUUUGCAAAAUCUACAUUAUCUAGUGACGAAGGCUGCGAAAUAAAUGAAUGCAAGUUAACUGGAAAGAAAAAAAAGGAAAUGAGAUCACCAGAAUCAAUAGAAGCAAUGCAUAGGAAUGGUAUGAAACAUCCUUCACAGGAAAACUCAGAUAGAGAUUUGCAAUGUGCGCUUUGCACAAAAAGCGGACAGAGAAAUUCUAAUAUUAGUUUCUUUGACGAAUGCGUGAAUGAUCGAAGUAACGAUUUAACGAGAGGCCAGAGUUUGUAUUUCUUUGCUCGUAGUGCUAGAGAAAAAGAACGCUGGUUCCACAGGUUGCGAGAAGCGUGCAGUCAGUGCAGCACAGGGACUGCGACUGCAGAAAUAACGCUCCCAAGAAGCGAUAUGAAAGAAGUUUCAUUGGAUCGUCGUUUUUCACUUCCUCUGUUGGCUGAGGACUCAGAAUCGUUGAAAAUGAGUUUGGAAUAUUUUCUUUACGUCAGCAAUCGCAUACAGUUCAACAAAUGUAUUGAUGAAAUUCUCAAAAUUUCACGCGACGAAAGUGAAAAACGAACUGAUGGCAAUGUUAUAUACAUGGAUUUGGGACGUAACAAAUGGAAUCCUGGAAGAAUUGAUACUGAUUCACAGCUUGUUAUGUCUGUAAAUGCUUUAGCUGCUCGAAUAUUUUAUGAUUUUUGUCGAGAUGCAUAUUGGUGUAAACAAGUGCAGGACAAAAUCCAGUCUAAAUUAGCCACUCUUCAUUUGCCAUAUUUUAUCGAAACUCUGGAGCUUUCAAGUUUGGAUUUGGGCACUACUUCACCUGAAGUUGUCGCUGUUCAUUCACCUGUUCUGGAUGAUUGGGGGCUUUGGAUUGAUUUUGAAUUGAAAUACCGUGGUAAAAUCCAUUUGACAUUGGAAACAAAGGUCAAUUUAAUGAGACUGAAAGAGGGAAUGCACAAAAACGGAAUAUUGAGCGAGAUUAACAAAGUGAAAAUUCCGGUACGCGUUCAUCACUAUUCUGAUUCGGACCUUCCAGAAUCUCCGGAAAGUAGUCCGGAUGAAGACUUUGGUUCCAAAAUGGAAAAAACGCAGGUUACCAAAGAAAGUACGGGUAAAAAAUUACUGAAUGUGGUUGAUAAAAUAGCUAGCAGUAAUAUAUUUCAAGGUGCUUCCGAAUUCCCACCUGUAAAAAAGAUGAUGGAGGGUAUAUCUUCGACACGUUUAUUGCUAAAUGUCGAUGUAACACGCUUAGAAGGAACUAUGACGAUCAACAUUCCACCACCUCCUUCUGACAGACUUUGGUAUGCAUUCCGUAUUCCCCCAGAACUUUCAAUCAGAAGUGUUCCGCAAGUGGGCGACAGAUUGGUUGAUAUGAGUACUGUCUCCAGCUGGAUUGAAAAUAAGCUUCGCUUAUUGUUAGAGAAAAAUUUGGUCUGUCCAAAUAUGGAUGAUCUGAUUGUUCCUGUAAUGAGUGGUAAUGAACUUUUGAAUGCUGGAUAUAACUGUUGA